AUGUCUUCCGUUACCACAAACGACCAUGCCAAUGGCACCAAUGGCACCAAUGGCAUCAGCAAGCCCAAAGAGUCCAACGUCGAUGUACUCAUCGUCGGUGCCGGCCCAGCAGGUCUCAUGGCCGCGGCCUGGAUGGCCCACUGCGGCAUCAACGCUCGCAUCGUCGACAAGCGCAACGCCAAGAUCUUCACCGGCCAAGCCGACGGCAUCACCUGCCGCACCAUCGAAAUCUUCGACAGCCUGGGUUUCGCCGACCGCGUGUGGAAGGAAGCGCUGCACCUGCAGGAGAUCUCCAUGUGGAAUCCCAAUGCCGAGGGCGUCAUCCACCGCUCGGACCGCAUCCCCGACACCGUCAUCGGCGUUUCGCGGUUCCAGCAGUGCGUGCUCAACCAGGGCCGCAUCGAGCGCUGGUUCAUCGACAACAUCAAGAAGUAUUCAAAUGACACCAUUUCGGUCGAGCGCGGCGUGCUGCCUGAAAGCUUGGUAAUUGACGAGUCCAAGGUCGAGGACGACGACGCAUACCCCGUCACUGUCACCUUGCGCACCCUGACUGAAGAGGAGGCCACGCCCGUGCAAGCCGCUACCGCCUCCAAGUCUGUCGUGUCAGACGGUCUCUUCCGCAGCAACUUGAUGCAAGAAGAUGAUGAGGCCGACCUUCUUCGCAAGACCCAGACCCGACCGGGAACCGAAGAGAUCGUGCACGCCAAGUACGUCAUCGGAUGCGACGGUGCCCGCUCAUGGACGCGCCGCGCGCUGGGUCUGGAGCUGGAGGGUGAAGCGACCGAUUACAUCUGGGGCGUGAUGGACAUCAUCCCCAUCACCGACUUCCCCGACAUCCGCAACCGGUGCGCCGUGCAUUCUGCCGAGAACGGCUCGCUGAUGGUCAUCCCGCGCGAAAACCGCAUGGUGCGGCUGUACAUCCAGCUAAAGGAAGUCGUUCCCGACGCCUCCGGACGCGCCGACCGGUCCAAGAUCACACCUGACCUGAUUUUCCGCGCCGCGCAAAAGAUUAUCGCUCCCUAUAAGCUCGACUACGAGUACUGUGACUGGUGGACGGCGUAUCAGAUCGGCCAGCGCAUCGGCAACAGCUUCGACGUGCACAACCGCGUGUUCCUGGCGGGCGACGCCGUGCACACGCACUCGCCCAAGGCCGGGCAGGGCAUGAACGUCUCGAUGCAGGAUACCUUCAACCUCGGGUGGAAGGUGGCUCUCGUCACCAAGGGCAUUUGCAAACGCGAUAUUUUGGCGACGUACCAGAGCGAGCGCCGCCGGAUCGCCCAAGAUCUGAUCGAGUUCGACCACAAGUUCUCCCGCCUGUUUCUGGUCGGGCCCGCCAAGGACAUGAUGGACGCCGAGGGCAUCGACAUGGAGGAGUUCAAGCGCGCCUUUAUGCGCGGCAACAUGUUUGCCUCGGGCAUGCAGGUCGACUACGGGCCGAGCAACCUGGUCGUCAAGGCGGGUGACUGGUGCGAGCAGGGCGAUCGCAGCGAGAAGAGCGCUAAGCUUUUGACGGAAGCCAAGAUCAGCGAUGAGAAGUUCUCCAAGAAGCAGGCUCUUGCCACGGAGAUCCCCGUCGGCAAGCGUCUUGCUUCCUUCAAGGUCCUCAGCCAAGCGGAUGCCAGGCCGUGGCACAUCCAGGAGCGACUAAAGGCCGAUGGCCGCUUCCGCAUCGUGCUCUUUGCUGGUAACAUCCUCUCUGCGCAGCAAAAGGCGCGGGUGGAUAAAUUCUGCGCUAAACUGGAUGCUCCGGAGAGUUUUCUGCAGAGGAUCACGCCUGCGGACAAAGCGAUUGACAGUGUCAUUGAUAUCUUGACGAUCCACUCCAGCCCGAGAAGGGAUACGGAGCUGUUGAGGGACUUCCCGGAUAUCUUGCAUCCGUUUGAUCACCAUCUGGGUUGGGAUUACACAAAGGUGUAUGCGGACGAUGUCAGUUACCAUGAAGGGUUUGGAGAUGCUUACAAAAACUAUGGCGUGGAUAAGGAGAGGGGAUGCGUGGUGGUGGUCAGGCCGGAUCAGUAUGUCGCUUACGUGGGCGAUAUUGAUGACUUUGAGGAUUUGGAGAACUACUUCGAAGGGUGCUUGAGGUUACCGGCUGUGGGUGUUGCCCAAGAUAUCAGCAUUGUGACUGAGACGGUCAGCAGUGUGACCAGCAAGGUGGCUGGUGAGGUGAAGCUGGCUGUGAGAGCUGGUAUCUGCCACAUGCGCCGCUGGAUCAUCGGUGCAUACAUCCUCCUCCCUCUGACCUACCUUGCCUGUCUCUGCGUUGCCUUUACGAAAUGCAUCCCUUUCUCCAAACAGUGGCAGAUCAACCCCGACCCAGGCAACAACUGCAAACCGGCAGUAUCAGUUCUGCAGACGGUUUUCGUCAUGAUCAUGAACACCGCCACCGACUUUUACCUCAUGGGAAUCCCGUUGCCUAUGAUCUGGAAAUCGAACCUGCCUUGGUCCAAUAAGUUGGUGCUGUUGGUCAUGUUCAGUGGUGGAUUCAUCGAAAUGGCGUUUGGGAUCUUGCGCUGUGUUAGCAUUUUGACUGUGGGAAACACAGACCCCGCCCAAUCAGGCUACUGGUCCGUCCGCGAAUCCUUCGUCUCCUUUGUCCUGACCAACCUGCCCAUGAUAUACCCGCUUUUCAAGCGCCUUGUCGAUCACGUCGUCUACUCCCUCACCGACUGGUCGCGCAAGGACGACACCGCUACCGACAACCACAACACGAACAAUACGAGCUUCAAGUCCAACGGAUUCAUGCUCAACCCGCAAGAGUAUCCAUAUCCUAUCGAUAGCCCAAUGUUUAACCCAAUUCGGUCUGGUGCGUCUCGCGGAACUAACGGUAGACCUGGUGCCAUGCCUGAUCCCAUCUUCUCGAUACACGACGGUGAUCUGGGGGAUUUUUGGGGAAGCACGACGAGCGAGGAUAAUACUAUCGGCACCAGCACUGGACAGGGUAGUGACCCUGAUGAUGUCUCCAGGCAGACUUUGCAUGCAACGGUUGGGAGUCAAAGCGGAACGAAGAGUUAUCGGUCGAACUGCAACAGUCCUACUCAAAGUAGGAACGAUUGUGGGCGGAAAAUGACGACGCAGACACCACACUUUAAAAUGGUAACGUCUGUGGAGAGUUCGGGGAUGAUUGCGGAUCAGCCACAUCGCGGUCUUUGUUCAGGGGAUAGUAGUAGUAGUACGGGCAACGGUACGGCGCAAAGUGCAAAGGGGAUUGUGGUGACCAGAGAGGUUACUGUGAUGGAGGAGGGAGUGUGUUGGCCAGAUACACCUGGAUUGAGUCCUGGGUUACCGCCAACUGAAUUGUGGGAAUGGGGAGACUUCCACAUGGGAUAUUGA